AAAAAUAUUGUAGAAAAACAUUCAGUCAAACUCACCCACAAAAUCAACAUUAUCCAGAAAAACAAUUAUGGGAUAAUGUAUGGUUCAAGUUGAGACAACCAGCUUUGGAAAUGGUCAGAGUUAUGGGAGCAAGUAUUAACAAUUUUGAAGAAAUUGGACCUGAAGAUGAUCAAACAUAUUUGGAAAGUAUAACAAGGGAGGCAUUUAGGAGAGAUAGAGGAUCAUCUAAAGGAUCAAAUAAAAUAUCUACUUGGGUUGUGAUCAAUUCAUUCUUAGGAUCACAAAAUACAAAUUUACAUUUGGAUGAAAAAAUUAUUAAAGCUCUUAUGGAUAUUAUUAAUAACAACAGUUCUAGUAUGUUAAUAAAUGAUACUCCUUCAGUAUCAACCAUACUAAUAACAACACUUUUAGCACUUCUUUGUACAACAUUAUGUGCCUCAAAAUUGAGUUUUAAUGUUAAUAUUCGCGAGAAUUGUUACUCAUAUAACAAAAAAAGAACCAAGGGAAAACGAGAUGAAAGGAGCGAUAAUGUUGAUAACGUUGGGAGGCUUGAAGAAAAAAUUCAAGUGGUAGUCAGAUGCAGAUCAACAAAAUAUAUUCAACUCGUGGUCACCCCAAUAUUGGAUGAGAUGUUGAACAGAUUUAAUCAUGCCUUAUUUGCAUAUGGCCAAACAUCAACUGGUAAAACAUAUAAAACAUAUACAAUGGAGGAAAACUUGGAUGUUAUAGUUAACAAUGAUGGUAUUAGCAAUGACCGUGGCAGCACCUUGGAAUCAGAAUCUGCUGAUUAUUCAAUGAAGGUCCCAUAUAUUGAAUUGUAUAAUGAAAAAUUGAAAGAUCUAUUGUCUAAUAAUGGUGAGCAAGAAUUGAAAAUUAUAGGUGAUGCUAACAAUAAAGCCAUUUUACACAGGUGUGAAGUGGUUUCUUUAAACAAUGUCGCUGAAGGUGUCAGAGUUUUGAAACAAGGAUCCAUCAAAAGACAAACUGCUUCGACUAAUUAUAAUGAUAAAUCAAAUAAUUUUAUAUCAAUUAUUCAUAUUAAAGAAUCAACACCUGAUAGUGCUGAUUCAAAAGAGGCUGGGAAAAUUAACAGAAGCUUGUUGACACUUGGUCGAUGCAUUGAUAGCCUUAAUGAACAUUUUCCACACAUUCCUUAUUAUGUAAAACUAAAUGUUGUCAAGUACAACUAA